AUGCGACCUCAAACCUCGUUAUCCUACCUUCUCUCCCUCUUCGCCGUCAUCUCGCUGUCACCUUUCGCCCUUGCAGAAAAUAUAAUCGAGUCAAACUCGUUGAAUUCGUGCAAGAGUGGCUCCAAUUUCACUGCAACCUUGUUCAAUGUCGCAUACACGCCAUCCAACAACAGUAUCAGCCUCAAUAUUAAUGGUGUCUCGUCCAUUGUGGGAAAUGUGACGGCACAGUUGGAGGUUAUUGCCUAUGGAUUCACCAUUCUCAACCAGACGCUCAACCCCUGUUCCAUGGAUCUUUCAGGCUUCUGUCCCAUGCAGACCGGUCAAAUCGACAUCCAGACAAAUAUCGACGUCCCUCAGGAUGUUGCCAAACAAGUCCCCGGGAUCGCCUACAGCGUACCAGACCUGGACGGCGUGGUUCGUGUCUAUGUCACCUCUCUCGACACGGGUGAGGUGAUUGCGUGCAUGGAAGCGGACCUCUCCAACACCAAGAGCGUCUACCAUCCAGCUGUAGGCUGGGCUACAGCCGUUAUUGCCGGUCUUGGUCUAGUUGCCGCUGGUCUUACGUCCGGACUCGGUCACCCAAACACGGCCGCCCAUGUUGCUGCGAACGCUGUCUCGCUCUUCGGCUUCUUCCAAGCCCAGGCUGUCAUUGGCAUGACUUCCGUCACCAUGCCUCCUAUUGUGCAAUCUUGGACUCAGAACUUCCAAUGGAGUAUGGGUAUCAUUCGUGUUGGCUUCCUUCAGUCAAUCGCAACAUGGUAUCAGCGGGCAACUGGCGGAACUCCAACCACCUACCUCUCCACCCUGAGCACCUAUUCCGUCCAAGUGCAGAAACGCGCCAUCAAACGCUCGCUCGACCUCAUGGCAGCUUUCGCGACCCAAAACUUACGCUACCUGGCCAAACGCCAAAGCUCUGCAUCUUCAACCACUACCGUCGCGAACGUCAAGGUGGUUCGUGGGAUCGACAGAGUCGGUUUUAGGGCAGGAAUCGAACAGACCAACAUCUUCAUGACCGGUCUGAUAUUCUUCGUCUUCAUCCUAUUCUUAGUCGCUGUCUUGGUUGCCCUCACCAAGGCCAUUCUUGAUGGUUGUGCCAAGGCGGGCUGGAUGAAGUCUGAUAAAUUCCUCGAGUUCCGAAAUGGCUGGAAAAUUGUCAUCAAGGGUAUUCUGUUCCGAUUGGUUCUUCUCGGUUUCGUACAGAUGUCUGUCCUCUGCUUAUGGGAAUUGGUCGAACGAGACUCGGCCGCGGAAGUUGUCUUGGCACUGAUCGUGUUCAUCUCCAUGGCUGUCGCUCUGGGAUGGGCAUCCUUCAAGGUCAUCCAACUGGCAAAGAAAUCGGUCGCCAUGCACAAGAACCCGGCUUACAUUCUCUAUUCCGACCCCGAAUGCCUCAACAAGUGGGGAUUCCUCUAUGUGCAGUAUCGCGCCACUGCUUACUACUUCGUGGUGCCUCUUCUGGGCUAUAUCCUGAUCAAGGCCGUCUUCAUCGCCUUUGCACAAAAAUCGCCAGUUGCUCAAGCCGUGGGCUUGGUCAUUGUCGAGGCGGUGGCGCUAAUCGCCACCAGCGUCCUGCGGCCCUACAUGGACAAGAAGACCAAUAUCUUCAACAUCUCCAUCGCCUCGGUCAAUUUCCUUAACGCUAUUUUCCUCCUCGUCUUUUCCGAUGCAUUCGGGCAGCCGCAAAUGGUGUCGGGCGUCAUGGGCGUCAUCUUCGCCUUCUAUAACGUCGUCUUUGCCGCGGUUCUGUUGAUCUUGGUGCUCAUUGCCUCCAUCUACGCCAUUGCCUCCAAAAACCCAGAGGUCAGGUAUCAGCCAAUGCGCGAUGACCGAGGAAGCUUCAUCAAGUCUCAAGCCGCGCUCACCACUGAGCUGGACGCGUUGGGUGCCACAGCCAGGGGAGAUGGAACGACCGCGUAUACCAAGGACAAGGGAUACGAUGAUGCUGCUUCUUUCUCAAGCGAAUCGCUAAAGCAUCAAUCCGAAAUCUCACAGCGACCCAUGUCCCAGAACCACGCCGCCAAUCCUCAACAAGACUUUAACACACCCAUGUAUCCCAGCGACCAGCCCGGACGACGUGGUCCACCCCAAUCAUAUGAACAACGACAAAUGUACAACCAAGGCUACAAUUCCGGUGGUGACUAUGGGUAUGGUGGAAGACCGACAACAGCAUCCACCCAACCUUCAUACGAUCGAAGCAUGAGCAGUCUCGCCAGUGGUGGCUACGGGGCCCCGCCUCCUCGUUCCGCACAAGGCGGAUAUCCUCCACAGCAAGGUUUCCGGCAGCAGAACAAUGCGAGUCCCUGGCAAAGAGGAGCUGGGUAUGAGUGA